GAAAAAGCAGAGAGCAGAUUUGCACCAUGAAGUCGGUGUGCAUUGACUUGUGCUUUUCACGAUUUUGUACACACACACACACACACUCUGUAUGUGAAGCAUGAAGUCUGAGAGUCGAGAGAGCGUGGGAGAAAUGAACAUGAGGUGAAUUGAUGAAUGAGAGAGAGAGAGUGUGUGUGUAUGCGCGUGCUUAAAUCCGGUUCACGUUUUCUCCUGCGCCUGGAGGGCGGGAUCGGACGCAUUCAGGCUGUUAAUACUGCUAACUCAGAAUCAGAGUUUAACGGAGACUUGAUGCUGAUCCCAGCUCAAAAAAAUGCCACUUUAACCGGAACGCAUUCACAGAGUCUGGGCUGGAGUCUGUUUUCAACGCUGGCUGCUCUCCAGAGAUCCUGAUCUGAGACGCCUGAGAGAGAGACAGAAUCCAAUACCUCUGAUAUCCCUGCAUUCUCUGCAUGACAGCAAUCAAUUUAGAUGUUUGUCCUGUCAUGUUUUAUUGGUUAAGAUAGAGUGUUUGCUGGGAAGUUAUGGAGGAGGAAGCUCUCUUGGAUUUGGGUCAUUUGACUGAAGCGGAACAAACCAUCAUUUUAAAUGUUUUGUUGCGAGAUAAUGAAUUGCGCAACCAAGAUGAGAGCCGGAUCAGCAAACUCAAACAAGUGGAGUCAGACCCUGCUCGCCUUCAAUUCCUCACAGGCACGUGGUUCAAUGAGCAACGAGUUAAACGCUAUCGGAGUAGAGGGAGCGACGUUGUCCAAAACUCUAUACGCCGCAAAAGGAGGGACACAGAUUUGCCUGUGAUGUCAGUGUUUGAAGAACAGAAAGAACAAAAUUCAUCACAGAGGCAGGAAGAGACCACAAAAGUGAACAUGGCAGACCUGGAAGAUGGAGAAAUAAUAGAAAAAGAAACAAAAUUAGAGGAGGAGAAAAGAGAGAGUCCCAACCUUAAUGUGGCCCCCGAACCACGACCAAGGACCAAACGGAGUGCAAAGAAUGAAAAGAGAGAAGAUCUUUCAGAUGUUGUGUCAAGAGAUAUUACUGAAAGAAGUGUUGCAGAUUCAGAGGCUUUAGAGGACAGUUCACUGCAGAACACAACCUCGUCACUACAGGCUGAUUCUGAUGGUGAUAUUGAUUCUGGGAGCACCGAACUGGACUACACCACAUUCGGCUCAGUCAACAACUUGUACUCUAAUAAUACGAUGAGUGGCAGCAUGAUGAGUCUUUACAGUGUUGGGGAUUUUGGAAGUGUUACUGUGACUGGCCAGAUCCAGUUCUCUCUUCACUAUGACUCUAAGAAAGAGGAGCUUCAUGUGCGAGUGUGUCGCUGUCAGGAUCUGGCUCCGGCACGUAACAACCGUUCAGACCCGUAUGUGAAAUUGUACCUUCUUCCAGAUAACACAUCUCACAGUAAAAGGAAAACUUCAGUAAAGAGGAAAAGUCUAAAUCCUGUAUACAAUGAAACACUUAAGUAUAAAGUGCGUAAAUCAGACCUGCUGGCUCGCGUCCUCAGUGUGUCAGUGUGGCAUAUGGAGCGUGUGAGGAGGAACCUGUUCUUAGGGGAAGUGGAAGUGCAGCUCAGCCAAUCUGACUGGAGCCAGAGUAAACCAACCUGGUACCCUCUUCAACCCAGGGUACAAAUGAAUCCUGAAGCUGUCAUCAUCAGGGGAACUAUAUUACUAACACUUAAAUUCAUACCUCCUGGCUCUGAAGAAGGAGGAUUCCCACUCACUGGUGAGCUUCAUAUUUGGCUAAAGGAGAUUGUUGGACUCCUUCCUCCAAAACGUGGCACUCCAAGUAUCUUAGUAAAAAGUGUGAUUUUGCCGGAUGAGAGUGGUGUUAGCGGUCAGCAGACACGGGUAGUCCGUGGCUCAGUCAGUCCUGUGUUCAACCACACUAUGGUGUAUGAUGGUUUGCAGUCUGCUGACCUCACACAGGCCUGUGCUGAAAUUACUGUGUGGAACUCUUCCAAGUGUCUCGGAGGUGUGAGACUCAGCACAGGCUCAGGUGUGAGUUAUGGUCAGAUGGUUCACUGGAUGGACUCUACUGAAGAAGAAAUCAGUGUGUGGAAUACAGUAAUCCAGAAUUCCAACAACUGGGUGGACGUCACUCUGCCAAUCAGAACCAACCUACAGAUGAGCUGAGACACACACAUGUCCAGCAAUUUCCUUUGAUUUUUCACAGUGACAUUAUGGAAGUAACUUAAAUUAUAUAAUAUUAUAUGUUGGUCUGUGCCUUCGUGGUUCUCGUAUGGAAAAAAAUGUAUUUUGCUAUUAAUAAGCUGAAAAACAGCAAUAUGUAAAUUUUCAGAAUGUUUAAGAACUCUGGACUUCAAGGCUGACUGCUCAGAAAAUAAUACUGGUUAGGAUUUGGAAUUCUUAACUAUAUUAAACCUCCUUGCAUAAGGUCUCUGGUCCCAGGGUUUGUGGUGUGAUGACUUGUAUCAUAUGCAUGUCGAAAUAUAAGUUCAAAAACGAUGUGCCAAAUUAGCUUUUUCAAAAAAAAGCAUUGACUCACAUAUCUACUAUUUGUUAAACUCCUACAUUUGUUAAAUGUUUUUUUUUGUUGUUGUUUAAUGUUAAUUGCUUGUAAAUAUUUUUUUGCCAAUUGUAAUAUUAGUGAAAUUAUUGUGUAUAUCUUAAUGCCAUCUAUCCAUAAAUCCCAUUUAUCCAUGGAAGCCCCUGGUGUGAAAGGUGUAGCUUCAGGUUAUCAAGGUUGCCCUGUCUCAGGAUUUCUGAGCAUACACCGAUCAGGCAUAACAUUAUGAACAGUGACAGGUGAAGUGAAUAACACUGAUUAUCUCCUCAUCAUGGCAUCUGUUAAUGGGUGGGAUAUAUUAGGAAGCAAGUGAACAUUUUGUCCUUAAAGUUGAUGUGUUAGAAGCAGGAAAAAUGGAAAAAGUGGUCAAAGGAAGGAACAGUGGUGAACCGGUGACAGGGUCAUGGGUGGCAAAGGCUCAUUGAUGCACGUAGGGAGUGAAGGCUGGCCCGUGUGAUCCGAUCCAACAGACGAGCUACUGUUCCUCAAAUUGCUGUAUGUAUAUAUA